AUAUAAACAAAGCCAUUGGCCCAACAUGAACACCAUCAUCAAUUGAUCACAUCCAACACAACAUACCAGAGAGUAAGUCUAGAGUGAUGGCAGAGCAAAGCAAGGUGAUCCUGCAUGGAAUGUGGCAUAGCCCUUUUGCCAAGAGGGUUGAAUUGGCCCUUAAACACAAGGGCAUACCCUACGAGUAUGUGGAAGAAGACUUGAGAAAUAAGAGUGAUUUACUUCUGAAGUACAACCCUGUUCACAAGAAGGUUCCUGUGCUUGUUCAUAAUGGAAAGGCCAUAGCUGAAUCCAUGGUGAUCCUUGAGUACAUUGAUGAAACAUGGAAAGAUGGUCCUAAACUGCUUCCCAGUGAUUCCUACAAAAGAGCACAAGCUCGCUUCUGGUCUAACUUCAUCCAGGAUCAGUUAAUGGAGAACAGUUUUCUAGUAGUGAAAACUGAUGGAGAAGCGCAACAAAAGGCUAUUAACCAAAUAUAUGAGAAACUGAGUCUGCUUGAAGAUGGGAUGAAAAGCUAUCAGGCAGAAGGCAAUGUUGGUGUUGAAAACAAGUUUGGAAUCUUGGAAAUUGUGUUUUGUGUGCUAUUUGGUCCUUACAAGGCUCAGGAAGAAGUUCUUGGCAUGAAGUUCAUCGUGCCAGAAAAGUUUCCAGUGUUGUUUUCUUGGUUGAUGGCAAUUGUUGAGGUAGAAGCAGUGAAAAAAGCAGCUCUUCCACAUGAAAAAACAGUGGCGAUUCUUCAGCAUUAUAGGCAAUCUGCACUGAAGUCUUCUGCCACACCUUGAUAUGUACUUUACUUUCCCACGUAAAUUUGCUUCGUGUUAAUUAAGUCUUGUCUGUAGUUCUCAAUAACAGGGAGUGCAAUACACUUGUACCAAAGACAUGUAUUUGAAAAGAUGGUAACUGGUUGUGUUUGAA